GAGAAAGAUCCGUCACGAUCGUCGGCGACAACGUCACACGCGAUUGCCCGUCGUCAUCGUCGUGACAGCAAUGUCUGUCCGUUCGUCUGAGUCUGUCUCGCCCGAUGUGAUAACCGAUAGCGCGAAUCGCGCUCGGACCAAGUGAACAGAUCAACGGCGACCGCCGUUCCGUUGGUCGCGAAGGAUUGAUCCGAUCAGCCGAGGGACGAGGCCUCGGCCGCCUCGAGGGAGUUGGGACAAAAGGGCAGCGGAGAGUGGACAAGUGAGCACCUUCGUGAGGGAGAGGACGCCGUUCGCGGAGAGUCGUCGGGAAAUUGUCGCGGGGGAGAAGUGAAGUGAGAAACCGCGGGUGAUGGUUUCGCGGCGUCGGGCCGCGCGAAUCCGCCGCAAGCUGGAGCGCGCGGUACUCGCGCGGCGCUCGUUUGAGGGAUAAUCCCUCCUCUCGGUUUCCUGCGAGGAAGCUGCGUCCUCGUUUGCGCGCUCUCGCUCCGAAGGUGCCCGCUUGCUCGUGGGCGAGACGACGACGACGACGACGACGACGACGACGACGACGACGACGACGACGACGACGCGCCGAAGUUGGACACCUGUUAAACUAUUCCGGGCGAGAGCGGACUCGGUGUACUGGUACACCGUGGCAGAGCGAACAAUGGAUAUGAGAAGAGCGGAGGCUAAGUAGCAGGCUGCAGCUACAGGAACGGAGACGGCGCGAGAGGCGUGCGGCCGACAGAAAGCGAGAGUGGUGUGCGCCAGGAGGACAGGCGGUACGGCGGAGGGCGAACGAAAGGUACGGGAGGGUCGAGCGUUGUGACGAAGUCGCGGGGGACGAAGUGUGGAGCCGCACGAAAAAUGAGGGAGCACGGUCUGCUGGUUGUGUGGCGGUCGGUGUGGUUGCUCUGCCUAGUGCUGGCGACCAGCUCGGCGCAAACAUCGCAGCUCUGCCCAACCCCCACCGAGAUCUCGCCCUGUUUCUGCAGCGUGAAGAAGGCCGGCCUGGAUAUCGUGUGCGAGACCACUGACAUGUCACAUAUCUCCAAGGCCAUGACCGUGCUCAAGGGAAAGUCGAACGCCGUGAUAUUCUACCUUAGGCUUAGGCACAAUAACCUGCCCAAGCUGCAGGGAUACGUGUUCCUCGGGCUCAACAUACACCACCUCACUAUUCACAACAGCAGCCUCGCGGUGCUCGAGGAAUCCUCUCUUAGUUCCCUCGGAACGGAAUUGACACAGCUGGAUCUCUCCCAAAAUUCACUGACUUCCGUCCCAUCCUUCGCAUUACGAGACCUCCACCAUCUUCUGAUUUUGAAUUUGAAUCGUAAUAAAAUCACAGCCAUCCACGGCAAGGCUUUCGAAGGUCUCGACACACUCGAAAUUCUCACUCUUUACGAGAACAAGAUCACUAACAUAGAGGCAGAUGCGUUCCAAGGACUCGACAACCGGAAACUCAAGAGACUCAAUUUAGGCGGAAACGAGCUCACGAGGAUUCCAACUCAGGCAUUAUCUUCGUUAGAUUUGCUGAAGAAAUUAGAAAUGCAAGAGAAUCAUAUAUCGAGCAUACAAGAAGGAGAUUUCGCAGGAUUGAAAGCACUCGAUUCAUUAGGAUUGGCGCACAAUCACCUCCGUGAGGUCCCAGCGCGUGUAUUCUCCCACUUGACGCAAUUAAACUCUUUGGAACUCGACGGAAAUCAAAUUACCCACGUGGAUCCCAAUGCGUUUAUAGGUCUUGAGGAUAAUCUGCAGUAUUUGCGACUGGGAGAUAAUAAUUUGCAUUCGGUACCGAGCGACGCUCUGCGACGCUUGCAUCGCUUACGACACCUGGACUUGCGAUCGAACAACAUCACUAUACUUCCGGAGGACGCUUUCACGGGCUACGGAGAUUCCAUCACAUUCCUCAAUCUACAGAAAAAUCUGAUUAAAGUGCUCCCACCCCUGGUAUUCGAGAACCUCAAUUCGCUAGAAACCUUGAGUUUGCAAAACAAUAAACUCACACACAUCUCGGAAGAAGUCACAGAGAACAUCGUCGACACUCUACGCCAUAUCGAUAUAACGGAUAACCCUCUGAUUUGCAACUGCGAGCUACGGUGGUACUCCGUGUGGCUCGGGAAUCUGCGCGACAAGGACGACGAAAUGAUGUCGAAGAAGCGGACGGUCUGCAUGAUGGCCACGGAACACCGCGAGUACUCCGUGCAGAAUAUCCCGCUCGAGAGGAUGGGCUGUGUGGGCAAGAAUGCUGGGAGGAUCUCGUCGGCGUCUGUCGCGUGUAAGGUGUACGUUGACGCGACGCUACCGCUGAUAGUCAUCGCUGCCGUUUUAGCGUAAUCCCGCGGGAGGAGCGCGACGUUCGCGAUUGGAGGAGUGCGCCAUCGACUUUUCGUUUCAACGCGGAGACGAGACGCUUAAGGAUGCGCGCGCUCAGCGUCAACGUUUUCACAGAGCGCCACGACAGGCCACGCGGCCAAUCUUUGACGAAUCUCGCCGCUCGUCACUUUGACAAAGAGAGUUCGCGAUUGUCCGAGAAGAAGCAAAUUGCCUCGCUAUGUUUCUUUCGCUAUUUAUUUCCCGAGGUAAUCGUGACGCGAUAGCGGAGACGCGUCACGAUUCCACGUACGACAGACCGCGCUCGUCCACGUGGAAGCAGACUUCCUUCUGCGGAGAUCGACGCGGCUCUGUCACGCGUAUCAUCUCUUGCGCGGCGCAACUCGGCAACGUGGCCUGUCGUCAAAACACAGACAGAGGACAGAGGAGAGCUACGACACGAAAAGUCGGUGCGUUAUCGUGAUGUCAGUUCGUCACGAUUGAUCGAAUGCCUUGAGGCUCGUAGGAGAUCUUGGCGUUCGACGCCAAUUGAUAUGAAAAAGCCCUCGAGCAUCGUUGCGCGAAACGUCAUCAUUGAACGAAUUGUUAUUGUUCGGCGCGACGGCGAGGAAUGACUGAUUGAUUCCUCCGCCGUUCGAGAGAGGUUGCUUUUUUUGAUUUUUCUUCUUUUGCCGGGAGACGUACAGGAACUGAUUUCCGUCUCGUGCGCGUAGAGGUACGUUUCAGCGUACAGUAGACGGUUGCUUUCUCUCUCGUGCAGACGUGCGCCGCGCGUGUUCAUGCGAUGCGACCGCGCAUGGACAAUCAGACGUGACGCGUGGUAAUCGCGACAAUCGACUUUUUGACAACCGAGUGCUUUAAAUCCUUCCGCGGAAGCUUCCGCGGUAUUUACUUUAUUUACUUUACGCAGUUCGAUCAUCGGAAGAUCACUCGAUUCGAUUAAUCUUCAGCAGCACCCGCGCGCACCCGAUCGCGUAUUUUAUUGGCCUUUUAUUGGCCGGACAGUUCACCGUGAUAUUUGGAUUUUAAUCGAAUCGACAACAAUCCCGAAUCUCUCUGAGACGACGCGCUCUCUGUCUUGCGAAAUCACACUCGACACUCAGCGACGCGAAUUCACUUACUUUCCGCGGCGAAAUGCGCUUAAAAAGGUUCAACGUCCGCACAGCUAGAUAGAUACACAUAGGUUUAUUCGCCGCAUUUUCGAUCGAGCCCGUGGAACAUGCGAGUCGCGCGAGUAUAAUGAGUCAUGUCAGUGAACAAAGUUAAUCACCGUGGUAAGUCGCCUCGCGACAAAGCGUACCAUAAGCGAUCCUUUCUAUUGUGCCGCGUGUCGAAAUGAUAAUCACAGACGUAGAGCACGGCCGGCCGCUAAGCGCAAUGACGAGCGACGAGUGUAGGUGGCGCGCGCACACACACAUACACACACACACACACACACACACACACACACACACACACACACACACACACACACACACACACACACACACACGCUUGCUGCGACGGCGGAUUUACUGCUGAUGAAAUCACUGUUAUUAAUGGGACUCUCAGAUGCUCUACGAUCGAAUCGGAGACGAUGAUAAUCGCGACCGACCAUACGGUGAACUGUUUUUCAUCGGAGCCACUUCCAUCUAACCGAGAACAGCAAUAGAGCAAACAUAUCCCCAAUCGUACGUAUGCAAUCGUUAUUCAGCAAUAAAAUGUCGCUCACUCGCGCAGUUCGAUAGUAUAGAGUCUGAGAGAAUCCACCAGGAUCGAGCGUCGAUCGCACGAUCGACCGGUGGACCGAAGAGUGCUCGUUCGCGCGAAAAGCGCGCGAGUUUUCUUCACCGGAACGUUACAUAUCAACAUCGUUGCCAAUUAUUUCGUGGUUAUCUGUUAAGCUCUCGGCGCAAGACGUAGUAUACUCAUUAGCGGAUUUGAGCGACCGGAAGUCAGCCGCCACUGGGCGAUUUCGGCUCGCUCGUCAUAUACAUAUCAAUACGUUCCUGUUGAACACGGAUGCUGCAGAUCGUCGGCAGAUAUUCCGAGAUGCUCGCGCCUCCUCUCCCGCCCCGCUCUCGCACGUCGCGAUCUUCUGAGAUUUUUCAAUCUCGUUGUAUAUUAUCCUGCGCACUUGUCGCAAAAUCGGCAAUUUUAUCGACCGUGGAGACCGGCAUUAUGUGACUUUCUCUGUUGAAUUAUUAAAUAUGUAAUAUCUGCAAAAAAUUUCUCUGGAGAAACCUACGAGAGACAGUUAAGUCAGGAACCACAUGUACAGGAAGAACAUGAAAAGUGAAUGACACGUUCGUUGGUGACACUCGUGAGAGAAGCCUCUCGUGGGCUUUUCUGCCGGACUGUCUCUGCGCAGUACUCGCUAACAUCUUGAGAUCGCCACAAUACUUAACUAGAUUUGCAAAGGCGCGAUCGCACGAAAUGAGAUAACGACUGCUGAUGACACGUAAUAUACUCUCGACAGGAAACCGACACUUGUUAAAGCCGGUAGGAGCACAAACGCGGCUGUUCGGACGUCUCGUUGCAGCCGCUCUACGAGCUUUACUCGCGGGCUACUUCGUCGCCGACGUUCACGUGCGUGAACUCAAAUUACAUCGUCGUCUCACGAGAGGAAGCGUAUGCAACGCACGUGUCCGUCACAAUCGCGAUGCACGAGACGCGAGCGGUCCGGGGAUGCAUAAUUUCUCCCGCGCUCAUGAUAUAUGGUAUAUAUAUAUAUAUAUAUAUAUAUUAUUUCCUCCGUUCUCAACACACGAUGAAUAAUGAUUCGCGUUCACACAUCCGGAAGAUCGCGACGUGCGAAAAUAAAAUAGGUUGCGCGCGCUUCGCUUCGAUGCACUGUCAGCGAACGCGUCAGCGACGAUGCAUCGGGCGAAGAGACGCGCUUCUCAGCGGAGGUUGAGAGCCUGCAGCGCGAGAGAUCGAUCGUAGAAGAGGCGUUCACGGGACGUAGUGCUGAUCACAGUGCUAACGUGGAAAGUAACAUGUGUUUUGCUAUUCGAUACGUAUAAUAAGGAUAAUGUAGAAUUAAGCCUAAGGCAUUAUCGUAAGACAUGCCGCGUGGUGGCAUAUCAACCGGUACGCGUUGUAUGGCGCGCCGAGCUUGACUCUUCGGAAGAGGAUCUCGAAGCUAUCGAUUUCGUCGAGGAUGUUUUAGUCCUUUCGUUGUCGCGCUUGGUUUCGUCUUAAUUUGUAACUCGGUACCCUGUUUCGUCGACGACCCAUCACGGAGAAUUUGUGAACGAGUGAAAAUAAGUUCUGUGUAGCGUUAAACGGUAGGACGCUUGGGAGAAGAAAUUAUAUUCAAUGCAAAGUAACCCCUCUGUUGUUUUAGCGGCAUAUUUCGUAGAUUGUAAAUUGCGCAUAUUGAAAGAAAAAAUCAUCAGGAGAUAUCAUAGAAUCGAUAGAGUAGGUUGUUUGAUUCGCGAGCGGAGACAUUCUCCUUCAAAUGUGCGAGCAACGGUGCGCGGCGGUAUCACGUACACA